ACAGAGUGCAGAGAGCGUAGUGUGUGAUUCAUGGCGAUAUUUAGUAUAAUGAUGGAUGGAUUAUAAGAAUUGAACUUAUUUUGGAUAUUAUCUAUUUUCAAUUUUAUGGAAGUGAAGGAAUUUUGCAGUAUAAUUACCAAUUUUCAAUUUCAUGGAUAUGAAGGAGUUUUAAUUAUAAUUAUCAAUAUACGAUUUCAUGGAUAUAAAGACAUGAUUUUGGAACUUUCUGUGACAAGGAUUUACUUAAAAUAAAUACAACAUGUGGAUAUUAUAAAAACAUGGAUGGAAUGACAACAAAAAUGAAGCUGCAUAAAACAAAAGACAAUAUUUGGAUUAAAAUUUUAUGGCAAGGAUUAAUUAUUACAAGGAUGUUGAAGGAAAAGCUUAAAUCAUCGCCCAUCAUCGAAAUCAUCUUUCGAAAUCUUGGUGUUUGGAAGUGUUCGGAAACGAUUAUGUGCUUAAAGAAUUUAAAAAGUGUUAGCUUCGGGAGUGUUCGACAUUUUAAAACCGCGAUCGAGUGUUUAGGGUGUUUAAAGUUAAAAUUUUAUUUAAAAAUAAUUAGUUUCGGGAGUGUUCGAUAUUUUAAAACCACGAUCAAGUGUUUUUGUUUCCUAAUAUCUUCACUUGGAUGGAUAUUUAUUUUUCUCGAUACAUCAUUCUACCAAGUGAAAAAUUCGUCAUGCAACAUCACUGGUAAGUGCGGCAUUGUCGACAAAAUUUCAUCUUUGACUUUACGAUAA